AUGACAUUAAAAUGCCGUAUGAAAUUUAUCUGUACUCAGGGUCCCAUGGAGAACACAGUUAGAGAUUUUUGGCACAUGAUCGUGCAAGAAGGUUGCCGCCUGAUUCUAAUGUUGUGUAACUUCAGAGAAGGUCUCAUUUUUCAUUUAUCUUUUCGAAUUUCAAAGAGAAAGCAGCUUCAAGUACUGAGAUAG